AUGGCUGCUGUUGUGCUUCAAUGGUCCAAAGACAGUGACGGAAAAGCGAAAGCGAAUUUCAGCAAUCAUGGCACUGUCAGCAAAGUUUCUGCAACUGGUCCCAUGGAGAAGAAUAUUGAGUUAUUCUCUGAUGAGAAAGAUAAAACUUAUUAUUGGUAUAAGGGAAAGGUUUCUGGCGAUAAGAUGACAUUAGCUAUGUUCAAUAGAGGGGGCGAGGAGGUUACAAAGAAGAUUGAGCUACAGCUUGUUUUCUUUUGA